CGAGGGAUCCCAGGCAGUGCCCCUGCCCAGGUUAGCCCCAUGGCCCGAGCUGUCCUGGCACACCGACUCCUCCACCUUUGCACAGCCGUGCUCAGAGCGGGACCAUCACAGCAUGGCUGCAUCCCUGUCCCAUGGGAGCAGAACUGCUCUCUGCUCUGCGGUGACCAGGGGACAGAGAUGCUGCUGGUGUGUGCCAUUGCAUGAGCAUCACCCAAACCCCCUCCUGCCCCACUCACAGCCACAGCAGCAUAUCACCCAUGGCAGGAGCCUGAAGGAACUGUGGGCCAUGAAGCCUACACCCCUGACGCCCCAUCCCAUGGCUGCUCCUGCCCCAUCCCUCCCCUCCCUGCUCACAGCCAGGUCCUGCUCCUGCCCCACUCUCCCUGGCACCUCCUGCACCCCAUGGGUAUCCUGGUGCCUCGGCCUUCUGUGCCUGCCUCACUCCCUCUCCCACCCCUGGAGCAGAGCAAGAUAUUCCACAUGCCUUCGAGAUGCUGGCACCCCCAGGGCCCCCAUCUUUGCCAGGAACAGAGCACAGCUGUCCCCAGGGCAGGGUUAGCUCCUCACCCUGCCCAGCACAGCCCAGUGCCCGGUGCCAAUUCCCCUCUCCUUGUGGUGAGGGUGCGGGCUGGUACACUCCAGCUUAGCCCCACGGCCCUCUGCAGCAGCUCUGCCCAUCCUGUGUGCCGGGAGGACACCGAGGAGUAGGGACAGCACACCGCUCCUCCCUGUCCCAUCCCUGUCGCUGGCAGGGUGCAGCAGGGGGGCUCCCGGAGCGCUGCCGUCCCCUGUCCUGGCUGCUCGCGGGUCACCGGUGACCUGGAAAGGCUGUGCUGUGGAGGAUGCAUCAGCCACGGGCUGCGAGCCCAGCGCUGCCCCGGGACUCUCCCCCGAGCCCGAUUGUUCGUGCCGGGCGCUCCCACGGCCCCGACACGGUGCUGCCGUGGGAAGGGGCCGCUCGGCUCGGCCGAUCCCCGCCCCGACUGGGUUUAAAUCCCGGCCGGUGGCCCCGCAGCACGGCUCCUUGAGGGCGGCACGAUGCCGGGUCAGCGCACCCUCUUCCUGUUGCUUCUGGUGCUGUUCGAGGAGCUGCCGCCCACCCCGGCCCAGCAGCACCGUGCUGGGGCCCAGGGCGCUGCCCCCACGGCCACCCCGGCCCCGCGCCGGGCCCCGCGGGGACGCCGGCCCCCCGCCGCCUGGCCUGUCCCCCGGAAAGCGGGGGAGUGCCCGGCGGGGAGGAGCCGGCUCCUGAGCACCCCCACCCUGUACUGCCUCUCCGACCACAGCUGCCCCGGUGCCGAGAAGUGCUGCCAGAUUGGGGAGGUCAGGACCUGCCUCCUCCCCAGCACAGAGACUCCGGGCUACUGCCCCCGUGCCGGCAGCCCCGCUGGGACCAACUGCAAGAUGAGCUGCCGCAACGACACCGUGUGCAGCCCCGGGCAGAAGUGCUGCACCCGUGGCUGCUGCGCCCGCUGCACACCUGCCCAGCCAGCCAAACCCGGCAUCUGCCCACGGAAGCGUGCCCGGAGCAGUGCGGCCACCUGCUCCAACCGCUGCGCUGAUGACCGGGACUGCCCCGGGAACCGCAAGUGCUGCUUCUCUGGCUGCGGGCUGGCCUGUGCCUGCCCAGACACAGGGGGACACGAUGCUGCAGCAAAGCCCGGCAUGUGCCCUGUGGUGCUGCGGGGCUCCCUGGGACCCUGCCUGGAGCUUUGUGACACUGACAGCGACUGCACCGGGCCCGCCAAGUGUUGCACCACCGGCUGCGGGCACGUCUGCAAACCGCCCAUUGAGGUGCGUCCCGGGCUCUGUCCCCCCAUGACUGAUGAUGACCCGGUGGCCGAGUGCCUCCUCCUGUGCCUGCAGGACAAGGACUGUCCCCCCAGCCAGAAGUGCUGCCUACGGGGCUGUGGCCGGGCAUGUGUCCCCCCGCUGCGGGGCAGGACCCGCUCAGCCUCCCACCUCCUGGGUCCCAGCAGCCCGGAGCACGGUGCAGACACGGCCUAGCCCAGGCCAGGGAGGGCUGCACCAGGAGCUGCCAUUUUGAGGGCGCUCCCCACCCCGCUGCCAUCACACCACUCUGGGUGAGCAAAGAGAUGCUGCUGCCACAGUCCCCUCUGCCUCCCGUGUCUAUCCCUCCCCUGGACCCUCUCAACUGCUGCCAAGAGGGUACCGGCAUUGCUCGGAGGGGUUCUGGUUGUGGUGCCGGCACCCCCAGCCCCUCCCAGCUGUGCCAUUGAGGGCUGUGUGCCACCUGCACCAUCCCACACCAGGCCAAGGCUCCUGGCAGUGCAGGCACAGAGGCAAACCCCAUCCCUGUUAGCCCCAGCUGCUAAGCAGCACUGAAACAGAAUAAACCAGCAUGUGUUUGCCUUC